AUGUUGCCGCGGCAUACUGCGAAAUCGGAUUCAUACUCGAACGGAUAUCCGCGAGCCAAGGAGAAGAACACAUAUUCCAUAUCUCCACACAGGUUUCAACCUAGAGCUUCACCUCCAGCGCUUCGCAGAAGACGACAACUUUUAAUACGAUUAGGCCUUCUAGUAGGCAUCGGCUUAUUUGCAUUCUUCGUCUGGCCAGGUGCCUCCGUAGUACCACUACUUUCGCUAGGUUUCCUAUCAUCGGGGGAAGAUUUCCAGUUGGAGACUGUCAGAUAUUAUGAUCUGUCCACCGUACAAGGGACAGCGAGGGGGUGGGAGCGUGAGGAACGAAUCCUGCUAUGCGCACCACUUCGAGACGCCGAAAGCCAUUUGCGGAUGUUCUUUGCGCAUCUACACAACUUCACCUAUCCACACCAUCUGAUCGAUUUGGCUUUUCUAGUAUCAGACUCUAAGGACAGAACGCUCGGUCUGCUGUCUGAGCUCCUGGAGGAUCUGCAAGCUGAUGAGGACCCAAAGAUGCCAUACGGAGAGAUUUCUAUCAUUGAGAAGGAUUUCGGACAAAAGGUCAACCAAGACGUCGAAAGUCGCCAUGGUUUCGCUGCUCAAGCAAGCAGAAGAAAAUUGAUGGCACAGGCCAGAAAUUGGCUUCUGAGCGCGGCUCUACGCCCUUACCAUAGUUGGGUGUAUUGGAGGGAUGUGGAUGUGGAAACUGCGCCGUUCACUAUUCUUGAGGAUCUUAUGCGUCACAACAAAGAUGUUAUCGUUCCCAAUGUUUGGCGUCCUCUUCCUGAUUGGCUUGGCGGCGAACAGCCUUACGACUUGAAUUCAUGGCAAGAAUCCGAAACGGCUUUGGCACUAGCUGAUACCCUUGAUGAAGAUGCCGUCAUUGUGGAAGGUUACGCAGAGUAUGCAACUUGGAGACCUCAUCUUGCUUAUUUACGCGAUCCCUACGGUGACCCUGAUAUGGAAAUGGAUAUUGAUGGGGUUGGAGGUGUUAGUAUCUUAGCCAAGGCGAAAGUGUUCCGGUCUGGCGUCCAUUUUCCAGCAUUUAGCUUCGAGAAGCAUGCAGAGACAGAAGGAUUUGGAAAGAUGGCGAAGCGUAUGCAAUUUUCUGUUGUUGGUCUACCACAUUACACUAUAUGGCAUCUUUAUGAGCCUAGUGUAGAUGACAUUCGCCAUAUGGAGGAAAUGGAAGAAGAACGAAAGGCGCGGGAGAAGGAAGAGCAAGACAAAGCCGACCGAAUGAAGAAAAUUAAAGACCAAUUUGCAGACCCUAACAGUCAAUGGGAGAAAGAUAAGACUGAUAUCCAGAACGAAGCUCUGAGAGAAAAGAAGGAAAAAGAAAAAGCAGAAGCUCAAAAUGUUGUGGAAACACAAGUUCCAGCCGACUCAAAACCCGAAACAAAGGCUGAAGCAAAGGCUGACUCCAAGGUGGAAUCAAAAGCUGACGCUGUGAAAGCACAAUGA